GUGCAGUCACAAAUUUUUUGUUAUAAUUUGGGGGCAAAAAACGGUCCCACUGACUAUUAUCUGAAGUGUACAUUUUAUAAAGCACAGCUCACAUGGAAGUUACUUAAAUACCAAGGAGCAUUCUGCUGGUGGCAAAUCGUUUAUGAGUAUGACCAAAGUAUGCUCUCACACAGAAUUCCCAAUUGUGUGGAUUCCCAUUCAGGAGGAAUUUACACAACAACGUUUUCAGCCAAAAACGAGAAACUUUUAAUGCGUUUUGCCUGUUCGUUUACACAACAACGGCGUUUUGGGAAUUGAAAACACAGAUUUUUGAAAGCUUGUUUCAAAGUGCAAGUUUUUGGAAAGCCACUGUUAUCGUUUCCGUGUAAAUACCCAAAACGAGGAUCUUUGAUAACGCUGAUGUUACGCAAGCGCAUGCGUAGGUAUGUUAGGUAUGUAUGUUAAAAAUCAACAUGCACAGUACAUGUUGAUAUUAAAGGCAAGCGCGAACAAACAUACACAACAAUAGCGACACAUAAUAUACACGAGGCAACAAGUUACUGUUUACUAACAAGGUGACAGCGCCAACUACUGGCCUGGCAUAUGUAAUAAAAUAGUUUUUGGCCGUUUUCGCAGAUAUGUGUAAACACUAAUUGUUUUGAAAACGUUGUUGUGUGUAGGUGAAACUUUUUAAAAAUGCAAGGGAAAACUUUUUUGUUUUUGACUACAUCGUUGACGUGUAAACGUAGCCUUGUAUGAAUUAAAAAAAUUUUUUAACUACAGUAAAUGUGACCGGACUUUUAGGGCUACAACACCUUGUUACUGGGGGAAGUAACCUAUAUAGAACCUUGUAGUAACCUUAUUACCUUACUAAGUCUUGUAAGAGUAGGUAAGCUAAAAGCUGUCCCUUCAAAGACAACAUUUUUGCGUGAAUCCACCCAAAUAUAAAAAUUCUGUCGCUUACUCAACCAUGACAUUCCAAACUGACUACGACUUUCUAAAUAAGACAAUCUUUAUUCUUCAAAAUAAGACAUUUUAUCAACAAUCAGUAAUCAAAAAAGUAAUCGACAGGUUUAGUUCCUAGUUCCCACCGACUGUACAAUAGAAGCCAGUGGCAAUGGAAUUUUUCAUUUCUUCAAAAAACAACUUGUUUUAUGUUUCACAGAAGAAAGGCAUAGUCAUACAGUCAUACAAUCAUACAUAUCUUUUUUAUAUAUUUUAUUCAUCUCUGAAAAUGACUGCCCCAGUAAAAAGCUGCUGAUUAACUAGCUGCUGCUGACAAGCUGAUUAUACUUAUACGGUGACACCAGCACGAAUACAUUUAGGUAUGUAAAACACAAUAUAGAGAUCCUUACUGUAGAUGUCAAUGGAUUCUCUAGUAAUGAUUCUCCAUGAUGAGUUACGAGUCAAUGAGGCAUCACAGUCCAGAUCUUAGUGGACUAUUACAAAACUGGGAGCCACUACACUAGAUUUAAUUCCUUUCUCUAAUUCUCUACUGCCACUUUGCUGCCUACUGUUUACCUUCCACUUCAUUCACUCGCAAUCACACGUCCAUGCUAUAUAACGUCCAUAAAAUGGAGUCAUUCCAUUUUGGCUGGCUAAAGCUCAACAGGGCAGACCUUCAUGCUGAGUUGACUUUAAUGACUUUUUAAUAGGUCUCUCCGUUUUAACGAUGCAGUGCAACAGCUCCAGUCAUUUUAUUGGAAUGAUGAAUGAUUGAGAGGAGGCUAACAUUAAUUUAAUUUACAGCACAGGCUUGCCAUCUUUAAAAGCGCAAGACGGCAUCGCAAAAGGCAAAGAAAGAGAGAGGGACGGGGUGCGUUCAUUAUGUCGGAAAAAGGCUGGGGUGAUUUAUGAUAGCAGCGUUGUUGUUUUCCCUUAUCUCUAAUUAGACGCUUUUGUCGUGCUAACUGAUUUCAGUGUCAAAGCAACAAGACAUGGUUAAACAAGACUUGUUCUACAUCAUUCAUCAUUCUCAAAACAGUCACUUGAGUCAAAACGUCCAAACAUGCCCUGACACCCCACACUGCUUAAUUAGUCUCAGAGUCACCUGGAGGGACUGAAAUGAUUUCCUCCAUGGAUAUAUGCAGCUCACUGACAACCAGCAUUCGUUUGAGCAUUCCUCAUGUGUGUGAUGCAAAGGGUUUAAAUCAUGUGUGUGUCCUCGAAGACCAACUUUACAGUGUGCUUAAAACUACAUUCCCUACAAGAGGAAUAAUAAACAGGUUUUGUUUUGAACUCUAGCCCUGUAGAAUAGUGCCCUCUGCAGGCUGCUUGAUAAAGCAAACUCAUUAAGCCAGAGUUCAGGGAACACUUCACAUAUGUACUAGGAUCAACUGGUAGUAGGUUGUACUUUGAGAGUUAAAUGUCCUCAUCAAUGACCUCAAAUGCCCUACUUUGCUGCCCUACACCUGUCAUUUCAACUCUUACCUGUAAACUCUCUCUCCCCCUCUCCCCUCCUUCCUUUCCUCUACUGUAUAAAAUUGGUUCCUGCCACACAAGGCAGAGAGAUUUAUAUUGGCAUUGUAGACAUGGCAUCCAUUCUCUUGAUCUCAUCUCUUCUGUUGGUCCUAGAGCUCUGCUCAGAAAUAAAAGCAUACAAGCUGGAACAACAUAAGGGUGAGUGGUGCUACCAGAGCCAGUUAUCCUGUCAAGCCACAUGUAGAGGGCCUUCGGAGUGGAAGAGUCAGUUUCCUAAUUGCGGAGGUCAGAGACAAUCGCCCAUCAAUAUCGUCACACGCAAAGUGAAGCAUGAGCCAAAACUGACCAGUUUCAUCUUUGAUGGCCAUGAGAAAGUUUUCAAUAUGAGUGUGGAAAACCAUGGACAUUCAGCUCACUUCACCCUCCCUCAGUUCGUGCGUCUCCGUGGAGGGGGUCUGCAAGAUACUUACAAGGCGGUCCAGUUCCACCUGCACUGGGGAGAAAACGGAGGCCAGGGCUCAGAGCACUCUGUGGACGGGGAGCAGUAUCCCAUGGAGCUCCAUAUUGUUCACAUUAAAGAAAAAUAUGCUAGCUUGGGAGAUGCUCUAAGUGACUCUGAAGGGGUGGCAGCACUUGCCUUCUUUUUCGAGGUGACUUCUUUCCCAAACAAACAACUGGACAGAGUCAUAGACGCUUUAGGAAAAGUCAGAUAUGAAGGAAACAGCAGUGAAAUUAAAGACUUUAAAUUGACCGACAUCCUCCCACAAGCCAAUAAACUGAGCUACUAUCGGUACUUGGGUUCCUUGACCACACCGGGCUGUGAGCAGGCCGUUGUGUGGACGGUUUUCCAAAAGACUCUGCCCAUAAGCAAAAAUCAGCUGAUGUCAAUGGAUAAACAGCUGUUAUUCGGAACAGAAAAACCAAUGACUGGAGUAUUCCGUCCUGUGCAGAAUCUGAAUGGACGAGUUGUGUACACAUCAGUGCCAGCUCACAGUCUGUGUGUCCUGCCCAGUCUGAUCACCCUGUUUCUGUGCCUCUUUUGUGUUUUUGGACAACAAAAGUGUUUUCAUUGAAUGCUAGAGACCACAUCUCUUUUAACAAAUGAUGUUCCAUAUUGAACUUCCAGAAACAAAGUAUACCUAAUCAACUGAGCACUGCUCUGAAAGUACUGGAAUGGAUCUCUGCCACUGUGCUAAAGUGGAGAAACUUGACAAUGGAGAAGAGAUAUCUUGGUUACUUUCUGUGUUCACAAUUAUUAAUUGUCUCAUUGGUAACGCUUAUCAUGUCCUCCAAUAUUCUCUUUUAGUUGUGGCAGCUUUAUCUGACUUUGAUCAUUUCUGGAUUCUCAUCUGUUUUCCAUAACUUGUUUGGUUGUUUAUGGUUACUUCACUUUAAAAUAUCUUAUAUAUAUAUGUUUAUAUAUUGCUAUAUAUUUCCAUUUAUAUGUGCCAAUAAUUAUAAGUUUAUACAAUAAUUAUAAGUUUAUUCUUCAAAAAUACAAAACAGCUUCAGAUUUUAAUGUAAUCCAUUUGAAGCUUCCUGAUCCUCCAUUAAGAUUAUUAUGUAAAUUUCAAUUACUUUUCCAUUACUUACAACGAUGAACGUUUCAUAUGGCUUUGGUACGAUGAUUCAAUUUGACACAUAUGUACCACAAAUUGUGUAAAUAUGCAGCACAUGUGAAGUGUAAGUUAUAACAUAAUCUUUCCAAAGAUAAAAGUUCAAAUGAAGUGCCAACAUAAAUUCUUUAUUUAGCUGGAACUAUAUUUCAUUGUACAUAUCAUUUGUCAUAUAAAGAUUCACAUUUUGCAACCAAUUGUAGUUUACUUAUAUGUAACAUGCAGGCAUAAAAUGCCAAAUUCAUCUAUGAAAGCACACCUACUGCUGAUCUUUGUAGAAAUGAGAUUAUGGUUAUUGUUUUUGUGAUUGUAACCAGGUUCUAAAGUGCUCAAUUUGAGCCGAGACGCUGCUCCUGGCCGUGCCACCGGGGGCGCUGUACUGUUCAACGCUUUUGAUGUAGUCCCACACUGAAGAAACAUCCUUGUCAAACAAAGGGCUGGAGAUUAAGAAAUAAAAAUAAUAAAUG